AUGGCUUUACAAAGUCGGCAGGCAUCAUCCAAAUCACACUUAUUCAUUAUAUUCAUUGUGCUAAUUGUGCUCUUUGGACCGCUACCAGUUCAAUAUGCGCUCAACAUUCUCAGCGAGCGCGUCUCCACGAUUCUGGAAGAAAGAGGAGUUUUUUUUCAGCAAAGGCCGCGUAUAUUAUGGUCUCUGUCACCUCCAACGAUCGGCCUGGCCGACUUGGAAUUCAGAAUACAACAAGAGCCAUCAUUACUGGCCAAUAUUCGCAUCGAAAAGCUUGUGUACACUUUCGAGAGUACAUUGCUUUCACAGAGAAACACCACUGUGGCGCUGGAUUCAAACGACACUGACAGUGGCCCAUUCUACACGCGGUUUGCGCGUAUAUCAUGGAAUAAUGCUACUAUAAACGUCCAAAAUCCUCAUCCCCAGCCACAUUUCCACGUCGAAGAUGGCCGACUUUCGUUGUUGCUCGCUACUAAUCGGACCUCGGUCUUCAAUCUCCUCUCAGCGAAGCAACUCUCGGGUUCCAAAUCUUUCUUGUUUCAUCUCUCGCUUUCAAGCAUCACUAUUUCAACACAUUCCGUCACGUCAAUUCCCAUUACGGUUUCUCAUCCUAUCAUCACUCGCCUAGAAACACUCUUCCCUUCCAUUCUGAAUACUUUCACGCGGUCACCUAUACCAGAUUCAGAUGGCUCGCGUAUUAUUUCACCACCCCACCUAUCUGUAUUCGCUCCUUCCCUCGUCCUCCCUUCAUUCUACCGCGCUAUACUGGGCCUUAAAUCUCGUGUAGAUGCCCGGAUAGAGGCAUCACAAAAGUACCGACCCAACUUCCAUCCAUGGCUGCAAUCAUUACAACAGGACGACAGAGGAGGCGGCACCUACAGCAUAUCCGUCCAAAUCGUCGACGAGUCGAAUAUGCGACAGUGCUCAUCGGUUCAGCUCCUCGAUGUAAAUCUCACCGAGAUUCGUGGGCGGGACGAAGACGGUCGAGGAGGAUGUUGUUCACUCCAUAUGCACCAUAUCACGAGUGGAAGUCUUUCCCCGAAUAAUAAUCAAUACUCGGAUACAGAUUCGGAUGGGCGAGAAAACCUCGUUGGGGAUCGCCCUUUGACUUGGCAGAGCAUAAAGACUUUGGUGCUCCAGCCCGGAUAUCUCAUCUCCUUUACCCUCCGUCUGAUCUGGGCUACCCGGUCUGGACCACUAGACCCUUGCCACCUGCGCGACAUUUUCCACUACCAAAUAGACAAGAUUGAAAUAGUGGACAAGACACCGUAUAGCAACUCUCGGGUGACAAAUGUCCUUGGUUUUGCACAUCAGCGCGCUCUCAACGUUUUCGAGGACGCGCUCUCACUCGUCCUCUGA